CAUAUUUCCUUUUCCGGUUGGGGUUCGGACCACAGACCCGAGACCCAAGAAAUAGGAAGUUGGGGUGCGGUGUUGGGGAGGUGGAGAGACCGGGUGGGUGUCUGCUUUUUCAAGGCCCCUGCUCCCCAGAGGCCUUGGAGCUUCUCUCGCCAGGCGUUUUCUUUACCUGGCCUCCCCGAGUGGCGCGCGAGUGGAGUUCCGCUCUAUAGAGCGGCUGGGAGGCGUGGAGACUUUAUAGUGGAACUGAGGAAAAGGAAAGUGGCCGCCACCCAAGCCCAGAGUUGACUGGAGUGCUCUUAGGAAGAAGAUCUGUACAUUGGUUUUGUACCAAGCCUGAUGGGGCCUCAGUUGUCAGAGAUGGCACCAGGGAACUGUUAGUGCCACACACAGGAAUAAAACUGUUUCUAGAGCAAAUGAUGAUGAGUGAGCUGAACAUAGAUGCGUGCUUGAACCCCCACAUGGGGGCUAUGUUCUGGGAGACUGAAGAAGCUGUGCAAGAAGGCUCCAGUCAGAGGGAGAAAUACAGCCCACAAAUAGAAAGCCUUCAUCCUGAGAGUGCCCGCCAGCACUUCAGGAGCUUUUGUUAUCUUGAAGCACCUGGGCCACUAGAAGCUGUUAACCAACUUCAGAAAUUAUGCAAUCAGUGGCUGAGGCCAGAGACCCACUCAAAAGAGCAGAUCCUGGAACUGCUGGUGCUAGAACAGUUCCUGACCAUUCUUCCCAGGGACAUCGAGAACUGGGUGCAGAAGCAUCAUCCACAGAAUGUUAGACAGGCUGUGGUCCUGGUAGAACGCUUUCAGAGAGAACCUGGUGGAACAAAGAAUGAGGUCACAGCCCAUGAGCUGGGAAAGGAGACAGUGCUCUUGGGAGGAACAGCAGUGGCCCCAGGCUUCAGGUGGAAGCCAGCAGAGCCCCAAGCAAUGGGUGUGUUCCAGAAAGAAUGUUGCAAUAUAUACCAGGUACUUCAAGAACUGCUGGGCUGGCAUACUCACAAAGAAACCCAGCCUGUAUAUAAAAGAGCUGUGCAUACUCCACAGAUUUUAGCCCUUUCUGAGCAGAAAAGCAUCAAAGACUGGAAGAUGGCAUCAGAGCUCAUCUGGCCUGAGUCCCAGGUAUUCUGCAGUGUGUUAGCCCCAAAUGUUCUCCAGAGUUUGUUGACAUUUGAAGAUGUGGCUGUGUAUUUUUCCGAGGAAGAAUGGCAAUUAUUGGACCCUUCUCAGAAGACCCUCUACAAUGAUGUCAUGCAGGAUAACUAUGAGACUGUCAUCUCUCUAGCCAAUCAAGCAGCAAGUCCUCUUUGCUCUGUCUUCAAAUGUAUCCUGAAUCCAACCAUGUCUCACACUCUUCCACUCUUACCACCCUAGUUGGAGCCACUGUCACCUCUAACCAAGUCUACCUUCAAUAACACUAGAUUCCUAUUCCCCGCAUCAUUUGCCUCUGUCUCCCUUAGGUUAAGUUCCUAGUUUCCUCAUUGCAUUUCUACCCACAUCCAUAGUAGAAUGUAAAGAUGAUAUUGGAUCCAAAAUUCUGCCCACUUAAACAUUUGAAAUAAAAAAGUUAUAAAAAAAAGAGUUAUUCACUCUUCCUGAAAAUAGUCAGGAAUUAAGGUGGCAGUUCAUGACCUCAAGGUUUUAUUCUCAGAAUAUUGUUGUGUUUUAAAGUGAUCUAUUUAAAGCAAGAAGAACCAUAGAUCCAAAUUCUCCAAGAGUACAAGGAAAGUCUUGAAGCAUUUCCUACAGGUAAGUAUAUUCAUCAGAAGAAGAGAAAUAUUCUUUGGUAGGAACUUUAUAGGGGUUUAAUAUCUUAAGAUUCUGCUCUUAUAUUUUUCAUUGAAAUUUUUAUUGUAGUCAUUUUAAAUUCACAUGCAGGUUUAAAAUAUAAUAUAAAAGAGAAUCUGUGUACACAUUACUCAGUGUCUGCAAUGAUAACUUUUGCAAAAGUAUAUCACAAUCAGACUAUUGCUAUUGAUGUGACCUACUGAUCUUAAGCAGAUUUCCCAAAUUUUACUCGAAUUGUUGUAUGUGUCUAUUAUUUCUGUACAGUUUUAUCACGUGUAGAUUUAUGUAUUCACCACUAGAGUCUUGACUAUACUGGAUAGUUCCCUUACCAUAAACAUCCCUCCUGUUGCCCUUGCAUAAUCACAUAUACUUCCAUCCCAUUCCCCACUAAUCCAUUCCAACUGUUAAUCUGCAAACAUUCCUAACAUUUUGGCCAUUUGAAAAAUCUUAUAUGAAUGGAAUCAUCAUGAAGUAUGUGGUUUUGGGGGAUUAGAUUUUUUCAUUUACAAUAAUUCCCUAGAAAUUUGUCUAAGUUAUUAACAUGUCUCAAUGGCUCAUUUCUCUUUAACCACUGAGUAGCAUUCCACACAACUAUCUUAUAUAGGUUUUUCUGCAGAGUGUUCAUUUAUCUAGGACACAUGCUUCAAGGGUAGAAUCACUGUUUCAUAUGAUAAUUGCAUGUUUAAAUUUAUAAGAAACUGCCAAACUGUUUUCCUCAGUGUCUGUACCAUUUUACAUUUCUACCAACAAUAUAUGAGUAAUCCAGUUUCUCUCUACAUCCUUGCCAGUGUUUAGUCUCAAUAUUUUUUUAAAAUUUUAGUCAUUCUGAUAUAUGUAGUGGUAUCUCACAGUGGUUUUGAUUUGUGUUUCCCUAAUGGCUGAUGAUGUUUGUUUGAUAUCUUCUCAUGUGCUUAUUUGUCAUCUCUUUAUGUACUCUUCAGUGCAAUGUCUUUUGGCCAUAUUUUAGAUGGGUUGUUUAUUAACUGUUGACUUUGGGGAGUUCUUUAUGUAGUGUAGAUUCUAAAGUUUGUCAGAUCAAUGAUUUGCAAUUAUUUUAUCUCAAUCUAUAUAUUGUCUUUAUCCUCUCCCAUGGGUUUCCACUCAGUAAAAUUUUUAAUUUUGAUGAGGACCAAUUUUUCCUAUUAUAGAUUGUUUUUGGUAUCAAGUCUAGAAUUCUGACUAGCUUAUCCCUAGAUCCCCAUGAUUUCCUCCUAAAACUUUAAUAAUGUUAUAUUUUACAUUUAACUCCAUGAUCUAUUUUUGAGUUAGUUCUUCUUGUUUUUUUUUUUUUUUUUUUUGGUACUGGGGAUUGAACCCAGAGGUGCUUAACCACUGAGCCACAUCACCAGCCCUUUUAUAUUUUAUUUAGAGACAGGGUCUCUCUGAGUUACUUAGGGCCUCAUUAAGUUGCUAAGGCUGGCUGUGAACUCUCGAUCCUCCUGCCUCAGCCUCCCUAGACACUGGGAUUACAGAUGUGUGCACCACCACAUCUGGCCUUGAGUUAGUUUUGUAUGAAGUGUGAGCUUUAGGUUGAGGCUCAUUUUAAUUUUUCUUCUUGCCAAUGGAGGUCUAAUUACUUCAGCAUCAUUUGUCGAAAAUGCUGUCCUUCCUCCAUUGAAUUGCCUGGCAUGUUUAUGUUCAUUUUGUUCCACUGAGCUCUGUAUCUGUCCUUCUGCAAAUAUUGCACUCUCUUGAUUACUGUAGCUGUAUUGUAAGCCUUAAUAUCUAUCCAGCAAAGUGAUUUGUCCUACUUACUUCUUCAUCAAGAUUCUCUUACCUAUUGUAGGACCUUUGCCUUUACAUGCAAAUUACAGAGUAAGUUGAACUGUGUCUGAAGUAAAUUGUGUUUUGCCAGAAAUUACAUUAAAUGUAAUAUUAGUUUGAAAGGGAUUGUCAUGUUUAUUGUGUUGAUUCUCCCAAUCCAUGAACACAGUAUAUCUCUAUUUAUUUAAGUCUUUGAUUUCUUUCCUCACUUUUUUAUAAUUUUCAGUGUAUAGAUAUUCUACAUGUUAAGUGCAUGCAUAAGUUUUUCAUUUUCAUGGAACAAUUCCUUUUAUUUUCUUGCUUAUUGCAUUAGCUUUAACUUCUGGUACUAUGUUGAAUUAGAGUGGCAAGAGAAACAUCUUUGACUUGUUUCCAAUUUAGCAUGAAAACAUUCAGUCUUUCACCGUUACCUAAGAUAUUAGCACUGUUUUUUUGUUGUUGAUAUUCUUUAUCAAGUUGAUAUAAUUCCUAAUUUUACCACUGUUUUCAUCAUGAAUGGAUGUGGCAUUUUGUCAGAUGCUUUUUCUGUGUCAGUUGAUAGGUACAUAUGAUCUUUCUUCUUUAGUUUGUUGAAAUGGUGGAUUAUGUGGAUUGAUUUUCAUAUGUUGAACCAGAUUUGCAUACCUGCAAUAAAUCCGGCUUUGUCAUGGUAUAUAAAUCUCAUAACUUAACUGCAAUCUCAUUGACUUACUGCAUUCAGUUAGUCAAUAUUUGCUGACAAUUUUUGUGUUUAAGUUCAUGGGAAAUGCGACUCUAUAGUUUCCUUUUUUACUACUGUCUUUGUAUGUUUAUAGUAUCAAUGUGAUACUCGUCUUAUAAAAUGAGUUGGGUAGUAUUUCCUCCUCUUUUUUGGAAGAGAUCACAUAAAAUAGUUAAUUCUUUGAGUGUUUGGUAGAAUCCUCCAGUGACACCAUUUGUACUUGGAGAUUUUUUGAGGGGAGGACUUUUAAAUUGUGAGCUCCAUUUUUCUUUAAUGGUCAGCGUACCAUUCGGGAUCUAUUUCAUAUUGUUUGAAUCCUGGUAUUUGUACUUUUUUAGGAAAUAGUCCAUUAUAACUAACUUAAAAUUCAUGAAUGUAAAAUUCAUAGAAUUCCCUUACCUUCUUAUUUACAGAGUAUGUAGUAAUACACUAUUUCAUUCAAGAUAUUGGUGAUUUGUGUCUUCUCUUUCUUUUUGUCAGUCUUGAUAGAGGUUUACCAGCUAUUUUUUUUUUUUUUUAAGAAUGGGCUUGCUUUUUGUUUUAUUUUGGUUUCUGUCCUUUAUUAUUUUCCCUUUCAGCCUGCUUUGAGUUUAUCUUACUUUUAGUUCUUUGAGGUAGGAACUUAGAUUAUUGAUUUGAGAUACUUUUUUUUGUACCCAGGAGUACUUUACCACUGAGUUACAAUCCCAACCUUUUUUAUUCUGAGACAGGGUCUUACUAAGUUGCCCAGACUGGCCUCAAAUUUGCAGUCUUCCUGCCUCAUCCUUUCGAGUCACUGGGAUCACAGGCAUGUACCACUGUGCUUGGCCACCUUUCCUUUUUUCUAUUAUGAGCACUUAUGGAUACAACUUUCUUCUGAUCAUUUCUUUAACUAAAAUUAAUAUAUUUUGAUAUAUUUUAAUUUCAUUUUUAUUUAACUUUCAGUAUUCAAAAAUUUCCUUUGAGACUUUCUCUUUGGACCAUGGAUUGUUUAGAAGUGUAUUUCAUUUCCAUAUGUUUUAAAUUUUCCUAUUGCUUUUCUAGUUUGAUGACAUUUUUGUCAUGUUUCCCUUUCUUAUAGGUUGUGAUUUUUUUUGUUCUUGGCCUGAUGUGUGAUUAUUUAUUGUAUACAGAUAAUUUUGUGUAUUAGGAUAGAAGAGUCUGGUUCCUAUUUAAAUAUUUUAUUUUAGCAGGCAGUCACUGGGUUUUACUUUAGCACACAGGUUCUUUCUUACUUUUAUGAGGUAUUUCCACCAUGUGACCAGUGCACUGUUUUUAUUAAUGAGGUUCUUGGCAUAAAAGUUAGCUAGCGAGAUCGAAAUAAAACACACAGACUCAGUUACCUUUUUCUAUGACCAGGUCCGAGAUGGCUCCCCUCUCUGGUUCCCACCUCGAACCACCCGGUAGGGCAGCAAGGAUUACUCAGGGCUAGCAGGAGAGAGAGAGAUGGAGCACGCCAGGGAGUAGCCUUUUAUUGGGGAACAAGAAAUUCAGGGGAGAAUUCCAUCCAAUGAAGGUUGAGGGGGGCUGCACUCCAAGGUCAGGGUCAGUGAUUGGCCCCCAGGGUCAGUGGUCAGUCACACCCCCACACGGACGGGCUCUCUCAUCAGGAGAGGGCCAGGAAAGCUCCGACACAGAUUAGCCAGAGCGCCUCAGACCCAAACCGGGAGUUGCCCAGUCACGUGUGAGAAUGGCUUCCCACAUAUUCUCCCUUUCUUUUCUUAAAAAUGAGGCGGCGGUUCACUCUUUGGAGUUUCUGUAUUCUUGUUCCGAAGACUUGCCAUCCUAUAAUUACAACACAAAAGAGAAUUAACAGCAAGGAGAAUAAUCCAAUAAUGUACCAGGCUGAGUGUUUAAGAAUAUUACCAGGGUUGAAUCCAUUCAACUCCUUCAAUAUUUCGUUAGCCAAAGAAGAAGGAUCUGAAAAAUCAGCUCUAUUAUUUUGAAUGUCUUGGAUAUGGUGAUGAAGUUCCAGAAUAUCCAAGCUAUUAUUACUAUUUUGCCAAAUACCUAACAAAUGGUUUUUAACCUUCUCGCAAUCCCAGAGAGAAGCAUUGUACUUGUCAGCUGUAACACACACAUAUUUAUAAUUUGCAUGGCAUUUAAGCCUUUCUUUAAAUUUUAAGGCUGAAAGUUCAUUACCUAUGUCUAUAACAGUCGCCUCUAAGGCAUUUAAUUUAGUCUCAAUCCUUUCAUCAAUAUUUACUUGAUUACGCAGAGCCUUGGAAGCAUUUUGAGCUAAAUUAUUAAGAAAUUUUGCAUGCUGAAUAUUCUGAGACAAUGUCAGAGACGCAGACACAGUGGAGGCAAUAAAAGAGACUAGCGCCAAAACACCAACGAUUAUAACUCCAAUAGCACGUUUAGGUCUUGCUAGCUGGGCAUGAAUUUGCUGCAAGACUUGUAAACCAGUAUCAGCAUACCAUGGCUCUGAAAUAUUAGCAGGUAAUAAAACGAAAGAGGGCUGAUGAAGUAUCAGCACUCCUUUUCCUCCAUUAUACCUAGUAAUACAAUUGGUUAGGUUAUAUUUAUUACAAGUAACAAUAUAUCGGUCAUCUAUCCAUUUAACUUCUACAUUCCCAAUAAUUAAAACAUAAGGAGAUUGGACACAGGCUCGUAAGCCAUAGCAAGAUCCCUCUUUACAGUUCUUGCCAACAAAUUUUGGUAAAGGCUUGUCUGUAAAAUGUAAGAAUUCUGAGGCAGCAAUUAAACGCCAAACAUCCUUUUGAACACCACCUUCACUAUAAGUCAAAAUAUUACUAACAAAUCCUGCAGGUGUCAUAGCAGAAUUUCUUUGUAAUUGUCUCUUAUCAAUUUUUGGAGACCAGUCUAAAAUAUACCCACUAUCUUUAGACACCUUAUGUUGUACAGGAAAGGUAUUUACACAAUCCAUCCAUCUAGGAAAGGUGCCAAUCUCAAUUGUAGAACUAUUUAGACAGUGGGGUAUCCGUGGGGGUUUUGCAGAAAUGACUGGCUUGUUAUGGGAAAGUCCCAUCUUAAUUACUGAUCUAGUAUAAGGUUUUAAGUCCCCAUAAAUAGAAUUAUUUGUCAGUCUAGGUCUACCAGUCGCUGUCUUUUCUUCGAAUGAUACUUUCAGACAGCCAGCAUGUUUAUCAUGGGACCAACACAAAGGUAAUUGGGCACUGUAGCCAGAAUAAUUAAAUCUAGUCACAUGAUUGGGAGUAAUAUGAGUAUCUGUAAAUCCUCCCAUCAUGAAUGAGUCAUUAGUAAAUACUGGAAUGGAUUCUCCAGUCCACACAGCUGGGUGUACCAGGGGUGGAUCUGGGAAAUAUGUCCAGUAAGUGUCUACUUGAUUCCCCUUUACCUGACAGCCCAGCAGGGCAAUUACUGUUGCUACCAUCAUCACUGGGGUCCUGUUCUCUCCUAGGUGUCAAAGUAUUCGGGAAGCCUGGGUUGUUAGCUUCUUCGCGUCUUCCCAUGAAAUCAGCUUUUCGACUGGGUCAAUCUGGUCUUUCUUCAUCUUUUUCCGAUAUCUCUUCCUUUUGGAUAGGGGCUCCUCCGGGUCGAUCCUCAGUCGCUUGAAUCUGGGUUCUAUCUCUUCCAUGUCUGAUUGCGCAUUCAGGCACCCAAAUAGGACGAAAAGCACCUUCUGGGAAAAUACAAGCAUGACCUGUCCCCCACAUAAUCACUGGAUCUGGGCCUUUCCACUGACCGGUCUGUAAAUCUUUCCACAAAACUCUGCCUAAAGGGCCUGUUACUGAGGGAGACAUUUGUCUCUCAGCAGCAGUGUGACCUUCAGCGUCACAGUUUAAAAAAUUUAAAACAAACAAAGCAUGAUUAAGGCUAUUUUGGGGAGUCAUAACCCUAUUCCCCCCCCUUUAAUUUUUGUAAUUGAAGCUUAAUAGAUAAAUGAACUCAUUCCACAAUGGCUUGACCUUGGGGGUUAUAAGGAAUUCCUGUUUUAUGAUCAAUUUGAAAAUCUUGGCAAAAUUAUUGAAAAGAAGAGCUUACGUAAGCUGGAGCAUUAUCUGUUUUAAUCUGCAUAGGGCACCCUAACACAGAAAAAGCUGCUAGGCAAUGAGAAAUUACAUUCUGAGUAUUUUCCUUAGUACGUGCUGUGGCAAAAAUAAAUCUAGAAUAAGUGUCCACUAUGACAUGCACAUAACAUUGCUUACCAAAUUGAGGAAUAUGAGUUACAUCCAUUUGCCAUAUUUGAUUUGGUUUUAAUCCACGGGGAUUUACCCCUGAUGGUAAAGAUGGAGUGUGAAUAACACACUUAGGGCAUUGGCUUACAAUCUGACGAGCUUGUUCUCUAAUAAUAUUAAAUUGUUUACGUAAGCUAGAAGCAUUUUGAUUAUGUAAGGAAUGGGAAGCUAGUGCACAGUCAUAUGAAGACAUCUGUUGACAAAAAGUUACUAAUUUAUCAAUUUUGUCAUUACCUGAAACUAAGCGUCCUGGAAGAUUAGUAUGAGCUCGUAUGUGUCCUAUGAAACAUGGGUACUUUCGCAUUAGCACUGCCUUCUGUAAAUUAUGAAAUAAUUUAAAUAACUCUUGUGAUGAAGUAUACCCAAUAACUGAAGUUUCAAUAUUUUAAGUAACUCUGACUGCAUAUAAGCUGUCAGAAUAAAUAUUAAUAGGCUCAUUUGAAAAGUAAUUUAAGGCACAAAUCAGAGCUUGAAGCUCUGCUCUUUGGGCAGAAGUAUAAGAAGUUUGUAUUACCUCUGUGUGAACACGACUAUAAAAACCUGCUUUACCUGAGCUCGAACCAUCAGUGAACACUGAUAAAGCUUCAUCUAUAGGAUGUGCACGUACAAUCUUUGGAAAAAUAAGUGACGUUAAUGAUGCAAAUUGUAUAAUCUUAUCACGAGGGUAAUGGCUAUCUAUCUGGCCAGGAAAAUCAGCAAAGGCUAUCUGCCAUAAGCUAGAAGUUUGAAAAAGCCAAUUAGUCUGUUGAACAGAAAAUGGAAUGAUUAUGAUAUCAGGCUCAGAUCCAAUUAAUUGUAAAAUCCUAGUUCUACCUUUAAUUACUAAUUGAGCUAUGGAAUCAUGAAAAGGAAUUAAUGUUUUUUGAGGGGAGUGGGAUAAAUAAAUCCACUCAAUAACUCCUAAUAGCUUUUGAAAAUCAUUAAGGGUUUGUACGGAAACUAUUUGUUCCGCUCCGGUAAAAUUAAAGAUGGCGGCCCCCAUGGUCGGCGCGAUGACGUCACAUUGCGCGACCAUCACCUACUUCCUCAUUCUCGGCUGGGGGAGGGGCCGACCGGAAGUUUGUGUUUCGGCCAGGCGGAAAUGAUGACAAGAAGGCGGGCUCAUCCGCGCCAUCUUGAUCUGCCACGUGGGAUUGAGUCCUGCAAUAUCUAUUAUCACCAGUAGAUGGAGCCCUGAACUUAAAAUUGCGCAUGUGACACUCGCGCACAAAAUGAUUACUUUUCCCGCAAACAUAGCAUCUCCCGCGGGGCUUUUGUACUAAAUCUUGUGGCCUUAAGGUUUCUUUUAGUGCCGCAGCUAGGGCUACUGUCGGCAAAUGGGUAGAGUCUAUGUCAGAACAUAAGCAGAUAAACUCAGAAACUGUCCCUUUUUUACGGUGUGGCCUAAGAACGUCCUGACAAUAGUUAUUUGCAUUUUCAAAUGCCAAUUGUUUAACAAUAAACUCACAAGCCCCCGGGUCCCCGAGCGACCUGUUUGCGGCCUGGUACAAUCAGGCUACGAAAUCUGAGUAAGGUUCAUUCGCACCCUGCCUGAUUUUGGUAAGACCUAAAUUGGAUUGGUCUUUAGAGACAAUCUGUUUCCAGGCACGUUUCGCAAAUCAGUUAUUUGAUUGUAUACUACAAAUUCAUAAUUUAACUGUCUUUCUAAAUCAGUAAAUUCACCUGUUCCUUAAAACAUUUCUACCGGUGUCUCUAAAUUUCGUCUUCUAUUUCUUUCUGCCUGUUCAGUACAAAAAUCAGUCCAAUAAGUACGCCAGAGCAAGAAAUCUCCCCCACUCAGGCAAGAUCUAGCUAAAGAAAUCCAAUCACUAGGAGGAAGGGGCUGCUAGCAAAUAUUUUCUAUCAGGCUCUGUACAAAAGGCGAAUUUGGACCAUACGUCUCACAUGCACUUUUUAGUUCCUUAAUGGUUUUAAAUGGGAUUACAGUAUGAACUCUAACUCUCUGAUCUUGCUCAUUAACUUGCUCAAAAACUGGAAAAAGUUGAAAACCGCUAGUAUCCUCUCCAGCUUCUUGAGCCUUCUUAAUACCUCGCUGGAACGGGGUAAGAAAAGUCAUUGUUAAUCCAGAGUACCUGUUAAAUUUUGUCCUUUUAACAGGUAAUGGCCGAAUUCGAAUAGCCUGGGCAGGCUGUGUUAAACGCAGCCUGUUAAAAUUUCUCUGUAAGUCCUGAAUUUCAAUGUAUGAUUCUUCUCCCUCGGACUGCGAGUCAUGGGUAGACUCUGCGCUGUCGCCAUUUUGAAAUUGGGCUUCUAAGCCACGUGGCGGAGAAGAACUCUGUGCCCCUCUAAGAACCUCUUCCGGAUUUUCCUCCCCAGGACGAUCCUCUACCUCUUCCGGAGGACUUUCUAGGACUGCGGAGGUUUCUUGUCUAUGAUGUUCCUCUCUAUAAUCUCCCUGCUGGCUAGCCUGAUCCUGCAAGUUUAAAGUCACAUUCUUUUUUUUUUUUCCUCUUUUUUUUUAAGAGAGAGUGAGAGAGGAAGAGAGCGUGCGACAGAGAAUUUUUUUAAUAUUUAUU